AUGGUAAAGUGGGUCGUCUGUUGGCCUCUACGGGCCAUUCUCUUUAUCACUGUGCCCGACUGCAGAAAGCGACGCUGGGAAAAGUGGUUCAUUGCAACGUUUAUGCUAUCAAUUUUUUGGAUUGCCAUCUUCUCAUACGUUAUGGUGUGGAUGGUGAUGCUCAUAGGAUUUACCCUGGGCGUUCCCGACAGCAUAAUGGGCAUUACGUUCUUGGCAGCUGGCACAAGCAUACCUGACGCUAUCGCUAGUCUAAUCGUAGCAAGGAACGGUCUCGGGGACAUGGCGGUAUCGAACAGCAUUGGAAGCAAUGUCUUCGACAUUCUCAUAGGUCUGGCUACUCCGUGGUUCAUGCAGACCGCCCUGAUCUCGCCUGGUAGCUUCGUACACAUCAACAGCCGUGGACUAAUCUACUCGGUGAUGCUGCUGUUUCUAACCGUGGCCUUCACGAUACUCACCAUACACCUGAAUCGGUGGGAGCUGAGCAAGAAGGUCGGCGUGAUUUUCAUGCUCGUGUACGCCGUCUUUCUCACCUUCUCCGUCAUGAUCGAGUUCAACAUGUUUGGCUUCGUCAACCCACCGAUGUGCAUCGAGUGA